CUCUUUCCUCUCACCGAAACAACUCUUUUUUCUCUCUCUAUACUCUCUCUCUCCCACACUCUCCCCAACACUACCACCACCAUCAUCACCUACACGAUUCUCUUCUCUGUUACUUAUCUCCUUUUCACUUUUCCUCUCUCUCUCCCUCCCUCCCUCUGUUCUUUUACCAUGGGGGACAAUUGUGCCGACACGAGGAAGCGAGUCCGGGAUGACUCGUCCGAGUUCGACGAGGACUUGCAUGAGUCUAAGAUCGCCCGAGUUCACUCCGACUCCGAUGUGAACUCGGGCGAGUCUCAGCUUUCUCGAACGAACUCGGUGGAGUCAUGCGAUAACUCGGAGGUUGAUGAACUCAGCCGGGUUGACUCUGCCACGACGCCUCUCGAAUCGCCCGCGGCCGGGGGGAUUGAGGAUGCUUUGUUGAACAUCCUUGAUGACUCUGAUAAUGCGGCCGAACGGGACCCGACGAUGCAGGGUCUCGACUCUGUGAUCAAGAGUUUCGAGGAUGAAAUACUUGCCCCGGGUCCGGAUCCGGUGGGUUCGGCCACGGUGCACGAGUCAAGCGACUUGCGGCAUCUUUUGGAAGCGUCCGACGACGAACUCGGGUUGCCGCCGACGGUGACGCCUCCCGCCGAGGAGGACAAGCCGGAGCCGUUAACCGAGGGGUUCAGUCGGGUCGGACCGGAUGGUAUCGAUCUGAGCGGGUUCUUGGGGUUCGAAGAUGAUAUCCCGCAGUACGAGGCUUUUGGGUAUGGAGCCGGCGUGUUUGUAGAGUACGGCGUCGAGGAUAACGGCAGUGGGUUUGUGACCCUGGAUGGGUUGUUUGAUCACGCUGAUGCCGGCGAUGUGUUGUGGCGGUCGGAGUCUCUGCAGGCGAUUUAGGAUUGUAGGAGGAGGAUGGGGGAACGUUUUGGCGGCGCCAAGAUUUUGUGGUGUCUUUUGCCGAAACAUUUCGGAAAGGGUUAAAAUGUUUUGUUCAUACUUCAUACCGUGGAAGAUGUAAAUCCAUACGAGGAUGAAGAUGGAAAAGAAGCACAGAUAAUGUAGAUGGCAGAUGUGAAAAUUCUAGAAUUAAUUAUUUUGUUCAUUUGGUUGUUUUGCAAUUUAACAGUUAGUUUAGUGCUCAGAUUCGUUCA